AUGACGGCUCCAUCCCGACACAUGGCAUGUCGAACCUGUCGGGAACGCAAAGUCCGUUGCGAUGGUGGACAGCCGUCGUGCGAGACAUGUAAGCGGCAUGGGGAGAAAUGCGUCUAUGUGCAGUCCGCUCGGCAAACGAAGAACGAUCUCCUUGCCAAAAUUGACAACCUGCAAGAGCGUCUAGCCCGAGCGGAGGCAAAGCUGAACGACACAUCAGCUGUAUCAUGUCCUGACCGCUAUGGAGCACCGGUUAUGCCCACGCCAGCCCUGUCGUCGAUCGAGACUUCCCCGCCGCCUUCCUCGCACCUGAACAGACCCCCAUCGGUUCUACCAACGCCGGUGACACCACUGGGGAAUGUCUCGGGAGUCGAAGCAACCCUUCCUACGCCCGACGAACUGGCAGGGGUGAUGAGCCCCUUGACCAGUGUGCUGGGUCCGAGUACAACGGAGGAGACACCACUAUCGUUGCCCUGGUCCCUGGCCUUUCCCCCAUUUCUGGGCGAACAAACCGUAUCGGAACCCGGAAGGGUGACCGCCGAUUCGGGGCAACUGGAGGGCCGUCCGCUCAGUCCAUGUCUGCCCACCCUCCGUGCGAUCCGCGCCUUGAAUGGGCAGCAGCUGCAGCAGCAGACUCAGCGAGGCGGGUCGCAGUCCCCCGAUGAUGGUGGCAUAAUCCUUCGUGAACUCAUCCGGUUCGUGUCAGCGACCUUCACAAACCAAGUCUACGUUGGUGGGAUGACCACCGCCGUGGCCGAGUAUCUGGCGUGGGCUCGGCGGACCCCGGACAUCAACUACUCUCAGGUUCUGGAGAUCCUCGAAGCCCGGUUGCGGGAAACAGCCACUCUCGCUAAUACAAAAUAUUGGCUGGAGUUCCAGAAUCUUCAGACGUCUUUGGGCAAUCUUGACGCGUAUAAAUGGAAGCUGGGGGUGCUGGAGCAUGAGUUACAAGCUGCAGAGGCUGACAUCUCCACCUUUUUCGGUACAAAUUAUGACAUCCAUUCCGCACUAGAGCUCCAACGGCGUAUGUGA